CGCAGGCGCCAUCUUGAGGACACCCCAAACGCAUCGCUUGUCUGGCGGCGGGCGGUUGACAACCGUCUCCGACUCAUCAUGAGGGGCUUAUUCACCUUGAAAUAAUACAGCACCGCGUCAGUUUCAGGUUACAGACGUGCAGAGAGGACGAAGAGGAGCUGCCCAGCGACAUUUCAUCGCUGGCUGGUUGUUUGUUUUUUAAACGAGGGCGGCGGCGGCGCUGUAGCACGAUGGCCGGCUAGCUUGCUCCUCGCUGGACUCCGCCGCGGCCUGCUCGGGAGGAGGAAGGGUGGUGACAGCGCAAAAUGCUCCGCCGCUGACUGACUCCCAAUCAACACACACACGCACGCAGUCCUCCUACACCAACACAGACUCAACGAGAGUUGGACGGCCACCACGAUGCACUUAUAGAUUUCAGUUUCCACGUCGUUAACUUUGCGGGUUUCCUUUUUUGUUGUUUUUGUUGCGUUUGUUGCGAACAGCCAGCCGGAGACGGCAUCAUCAUGUCAUCCAACUGCACCAGCGCGGCGGCCGUCAGCGCCAGCAAAACCAAGACGAAAAAGAAACAUUUUAUAGGACAGAAAGUGAAGCUGUUCCGAGCAAGCGAGCCCAUCCUGAGCGUGUUAAUGUGGGGUGUCAAUCACACGAUUAAUGAGUUAAGUAAUGUGCCUGUUCCCGUGAUGCUGAUGCCAGAUGACUUUAAAGCCUACAGUAAGAUCAAAGUGGACAACCACCUAUUUAACAAGGAAAACCUACCGAGUCGCUUUAAGUUUAAAGAAUACUGUCCCAUGGUGUUCCGCAACCUGCGGGAGCGCUUCGCCAUCGAUGACCAGGACUACCAGAACUCUCUGACCAGGAGUGCCCCGCUCAACAGCGACUCCCAGGGCCGCUUCGGUAACCGCUUCCUGACCAGCUAUGACCAUCGCUUUGUAAUCAAAACCGUAUCCAGUGAGGACAUUGCUGAGAUGCACAACAUUCUGAAGAAAUAUCACCAGUUCAUAGUGGAGUGUCAUGGCAACACGCUGCUCCCUCAGUUCCUGGGCAUGUACAGGCUAACGGUGGACGGCGUGGAGACGUACAUGGUUGUGACCCGGAACGUUUUCAGCCAUCGUCUCACUGUGCACCGCAAGUAUGACCUGAAGGGUUCUACAGUUGCAAGGGAAGCCAGUGACAAAGAGAAGGCUAAAGACCUUCCUACUUUUAAAGACAACGACUUCCUGAAUGAAGGGCACAAGCUGCAGAUUGGAGAUGAUAACAAGAAGUACUUUUUGGAGAAGCUAAAACGGGAUGUUGAGUUCUUGGCCACGCUGAAGAUCAUGGACUACAGUCUGCUGGUGGGCAUCCAUGAUGUAGAGCGGGCGGAGCAGGAGGAGAUGGACGUAGAGGGCGCAGGGGAGGACGAGGAGUUUGAGAACGACGAAAUGGGACGAGGCGUACUGACCGGUUCUUUCGGCACGCCUCCGGACAGUCCUGGUAACCCUCUCAACUGUGGAGGAUUCUUCGGCCCCGGGGAGUUCGACUCUUCUGUGGACGUUUACGCAAUCAAGAGCCACGACAGUGCUGUGAAGGAGGUUUACUUCAUGGCUAUUAUUGACAUCCUCACGCACUAUGACGCUAAGAAAAAAGCUGCACAUGCUGCCAAAACUGUGAAACAUGGGGCAGGGGCCGAGAUCUCAACGGUGAACCCGGAGCAGUACUCCAAACGGUUCUACGAGUUCAUGUCCAACAUCUUGUCAUAGACUCAUCCUCCAGUCCAGCCGGUCACCUCCAAUCAUAGAUAGUUUAAAUGCCACUCUUUCACUUCUGUGUGUAUGUCUCUCUCUUUCUCUCCCCUCUUUAAAAUAAAAAAACAAGAAACAAGCAUCCAGUAUGAUCCCACACCCUGCGGGGGGCGAGGGUCCAUUGAGCCUGUUACGUAACACCACCACUUCCUCACUUUGUGAAUUCAAAUCCCAGUAACCUCCUUGUCCUUUUUUAUUUCUCAUUUUAAAUCUACUCUCCGCAACACCUUAUUUGCUCCUCACGCCAGCACGAAAACUGUCUCACUAAUGCCUUGCUUCAGCAGUUACCAUGUCCGUCAGCAGAGUCUCGUCAGUUUCACUAUUAGACCCACAAGUGCAGAACGGCCCGAUUGCAUGACCAACUCCUCGGACAGUCGCCACCAGGCUUCUCCUUAAAAGAUUCACAUGUACUGCUGACAAAUUGGAGAUGAACACAUUAAUAUAUCAGUGUGUGAAGUAAACGAAUGCAGUGUCCAAAAAAAAAGAAAAUGCAUGGCUGACGUGCACAUGAGACUCCAGCACCAGGUGUAACGUCAAACCACUUAACUUCGCAUCAGAGUUAUGACUAAACCAACAAAAGGAUUAAAAACAAACAAACAUUUGAAUGUUACGUUGCCAUAAUGUCUCUGGAUAUAUUUUAAAAUUUAACCCACAAGUUUGGUGGAGGUUGGUUGGAGCAUGGAAAAGUAAACCCACGUAAAACAAAUAAGGGGAAUUCUGCAGCAGAUACUUGUGUUAUUACCAUAAUGAUUGUUUUUAUAUCUCGUUUACAUUAAUGUAGCAAUUUUGUGUUUGUAUACAGUAUUGUUUUGUUACCAACAGACAUUAGGAAAAAAGGUUACUUGAAGAAUGACUCAUUGCAUAUUAAAGGGAGUUUUAUCUUG